GUGAGCUUCCAUGAAUCAUCAUGAAUUGCCAACCCAUGCCUCAUUCAUCAUUGAAAUUAAUAAUUUUAUGUGUCCCCCUUUUUAUAUUAGCAACAAUUGUUUGUUUUUUCAUUAUAUAAAAAAAAAGGACAGAAAAAGAUUGUCUAUUUAUGGAAUAAACAAAACUUUCUCAUAUCAGUUGCAGUAUCCAUAAAACACCAUCUCCUCCAAUCACAAUUCACCACCUUCCUCCAUCAUCCUCUUUCUUCAUUGUUUUUCCCAUCUGGGCUCCUGUAGAUUUUCUCUCUGUUUUACUAAAAAGGAGUUUCAGGGUUUUUUGUUUUCUUUUUGUUUUUCACUGCCAUUAAAGGAGGAAACUUUUUUUUACCAAGAUUCAUUCCUUGAAGCUUGCUUGUUAGCUUUUUCCACUUCAAAAAAAUAAAAAAAAAAAACUUCAUUUUUGAUUUUUCAUCAGUCACUCCUUUUUUUUUUUUCUUUAUUCUUUAUUUGUUGUUGGUCUUACAUGUAGGAAAAAAGUGGAGAAAGCACAAAACUUUUCAACUUUUUUUUUUUUUUUUCUCCCUUCACAAAACCCCAAGUUUCCUCUCUGAAUUCGUAGUACAUCAGAAAUCCUCCUCACUUGAGUUGUUGAGUUCCAAAAUUUCCAGCUUUUUUAAGUUGUCCCCUGUUCAGCUUCUUUCUAGAGACAGGCUAGUAGUAGCCUUGUUGCUUGUACCGUUUUUCCAGUUUUUUUCCUUCUUAUUAAUAUCCUGAUUUGGGUAUCAAGAGUGUGGACUUUGGAAGUGUAGAUUGUUGAAUUUAUUCUUUGUUUUGAAUUCUGGGAAGUUCUUAAAAAGUGUGUCAACAUGUUAAUCUUCAAUCCUAAGUUUAAUGGUUUCAGAUCUUACAAGAAAGUUGAAGCCUUUCAUCUCGGAGGAGAAUACCCCUUUUUUGUUUUUGUUUUUUGAUUACUGAAGGAGGAGAAUCAUCAGGUUCACUAAUCCUGAGGGCUUUUGAAAAAUUAUCAUGUUUUAUUUGGAUAUUGUUUGAAUUUGAAAAAAGUGGGUCUUUUUAAGAUUCCUCAGGUGUGAGGAUGUGGCUAUAGAAGAAAACAAUUUAUUCUGAUUCCUUCAACAAAUGCUUAGUUGAUUUAACAGUGAUAUUGCAAUUGUGUGAAAUCUCCACCUCCCUGCAUUUUUGCAAUCCUGGAUUCUCUCCUUAUCUUGUUCUUCUCUGUCUCUGCCUCUCACCACAUUCAAAAAGCUUAUCAUCAUCAUAUUUAUAUCAUAUAUAUGCUCAAUUUGUGCGAAAUCUCUUGAGCUAACAGACCCAGAUUGUGUUUUGUCUGUGUUAUCAAGAAUAAGCUUCACCCAACCCAAAAAAAAAAAAAAAAAAAAAUCCCACUUCUUCUGAUUUGGUGAAGUGGGAUAUGGAGAUCAUGGCAAGAGGUUCUUUCAAUUCAAAUUCAAGUUGGCACUCACCAAAGUGGACUCCAGAAGAGAACAAGGCAUUUGAGAAUGCUCUUGCAAAAUACGAUAAAGACACCCCUGAUAGAUGGGAGAAAGUAGCAGCAAUGGUUCCUGGGAAAACUGCAGAGGAUGUUUGGAGGCAGUACCAGGAAUUGUUAGAUGAUGUGAGCAAUAUAGAAGCAGGGCUAUUUCCAUUUCCUGGUUAUGCUCCUUCCACAUCUCCUUUUACUUUAGAAUUGGGGAAUGGUCAUUCAUAUGAUGGAUUUAAGCAAUCUUUUGUUGGAAUAACUGGUAAAAGAUCCCCAACUAAUCGACCUUCUGAACAAGAAAGGAAAAAAGGGGUUCCUUGGACAGAGGAAGAACACAGGUUGUUCUUGUUGGGGUUGAAGAAAUAUGGAAAGGGUGAUUGGAGAAAUAUCUCGAGGAAUUUCGUGGUAUCGAGGACACCAACACAAGUUGCUAGCCAUGCACAAAAGUAUUUCAUCAGGCAGCAUUCUGGUGGAAAAGAUAAGAGAAGAGCAAGCAUCCAUGAUAUAACCACAGUGAACCUUAAUGACAGUAGCAAUCAGAUUCCUUCCCCAGACAGUGUAAAAAGACCAUCAUCAUCAUCACCGGACCAUCAUUCCGGGAAUUCCUCUUCUGGGGUGCACAAAAUGAUGCCUUUCCAGUGGAAUCAUCAUCAAGGGAAUAAUCAUAGUAAUGGAGGAUCAGUUAUGAAUUUUAACAUUGGUGGUGGUUUUCAAGGGAAUAUAUUCAUGUCGUCGAAUUCGCCCCGUGGAGUCAUAAAUUCUAGUUAUGAUCUCAAAAUGCAGGGACAGAAUUUGCAGCAAAGAGGAGGAGUUCCUGCUGCAAUGCACGGUUCUUAUUUAGGGUGUCAAAAUAUGGCCUUUCAGAUGCAACCAGCAACGCAUCAAUUCCCUCAUGCUUGAGUUUGAUUUCAACAGUUCGUUGGAUGAUUUAAAAAAAAAAACAGAAAAGCAAGCAUAACUCAGUUGAAUUUAGCUAGCUUCCUCUUUUGCUUUUUUUAAUUACUAUUAAUGUUAUCCUUCUUUUUGUUCUUCUGUUCUCUCCAAUUGUGUGAAAAUUUUCGAUUUGGAACACUGAGUUAGUAGUAGUUCAACUCUGUUGCGGAAGAGUUCAGGUUCUUACCAUAAUGCAAGGAUCUCUCUGUUUGGUUGGAGAAUGAAGUAGAAAAUGUGAGAUUUGUACAUCAUCACUAGCACAAAUAAUAGAAGAGAAUUCAGCAGCCUCAAUUGUACAUUGAUAAAAGUUCGGCAUAUUUCGCCAUACAAUGCCCUAAACACUCACUUCUGAUCUUGUGUUUCAUACUGUUAGUAAGAGUCAAAAAAUGCAACUUGUCUAACAUACACUAACAUAGAAAGUAGAAUAAAGAAAUGGAAGUACUUUGAAGCAUUUGUUAUAUUCCUUCAAAGUAGUAUUCUAUAUUUGCAUAUAUUGGGAUGAAAAGGGACUGCAGUAAGUGUAUUGGCUGGGUGAUGGAAUGCAUGUUUGAGUUAGAUUUGCACUGAAAAUCAACUGUAC